ACUUCAAGAGGGUAAGAGAAAGAAGCAAUAUAUUCUAGUUUCUUGGGUGUAAUAUGGGGAAGUUAAUGGCAUUAGAGAAGAUGGGGAACGAGCUGCCACCGCUAGUGGAGGCGCCGCCCAUGUUGGUGGUGCAGCAGGCACCAGCUCCGACGACCCACUCCACACACUCCUCCAUUGAAACACUGCUUGUUGUGUUGGCCGUCAUCACCCUGCUUGGAGUCAUUGCCGGGGUCAUCGCCCGCCUCUGCGGCGGCCGCCACUUUGGUGGCUCCGGGGAACAUGACAUAGAAGGGUGGGUGGAGAGGAGGUGCCGGAGCUGCAUUGACGGCGGCAUUCCUCCCCCACCGCCGCAAGAAGAACCCAAACCACCGGCACCGGCCCCAGCUCCGGCUCCAGAAGAAGCAAAGAAAUAAAGGCAACAUAUUUACCACUUUUUUUGCAACAUAGGAGUGACCAAAUUUUAGAGAAGCUGUCUAUAGUAAGAUUUUCUUUUUUUUUGUUUUUCCUUUUUUUUUUCUUGAUGAAUAUUUAUUAUAUUUUGCUUGUACUGUUCUGACUGGUAGGUGGUGAUUGAUGAUAUAAAAUCUUGUUUUUCUUCCUCCGCACA